GAUGAAAUGAGCUGUCAAACAAGAACUUCCUAAAAUUAAACAAGUACUUGCGAAGACGAAACAGCUACCGGAAGAAGAGGAAUAAGGACGCUGACAUGUCGUCACAGUUACGCGACAGCGAUUUCAAAGCCCUUGCGAGCGGAGCGAAAGCGUUCUGAUAGAAGGUUGCUAAGUGAUCACAGUCUAAGCAUGGCGCUCAAGUCUGGAGAAGAGCGUUUGAAAGAGAUGGAAGCUGAGAUGGCUCUUUUUGAGCAGGAGGUUCUUGGUGGUCCAGUUUCUGGAGGGGGUUCCGCUGUCAUGGAGGCAGUACCAGUAGCUUUGGCUGUCCCAGCUGUACCAGUGGUCCGACCCAUUAUCGGCACCAACACCUACAGACAGGUACAACAGACCCUAGAAGCCAGAGCUGCCACUUUUGUCGGUCCUCCCCCUCCAGCAUUUGUAGGACCAGUUCCUCCUGUGCGUCCUCCUCCUCCAAUGCUGAGGCCGGCCUUCGUUCCCCACAUCCUACAAAGACCCGGUGUUCAGAGGAUGCCAGUAAUGCGUGGUCCACCCACUGGGGGUAUGAUGGCCCCCCCACUUCCUCGACCCCCUCCACCUCCUCCCAUUAUGCUGCCUCCCCCACCGCAUGGCCAGAAUGCUCCCCAAGCUCCUUCUCAAGUUAUGCAGUCGAUCCAACACCAGCAUAUAUCCUCAGCGUCGCCGGUCAACGAUAUGGUUCCCAUGGUUUCAAGCCUACCCAAAAGACCGGCAGCCUCACCCGCUGUCAAACCAACACCUUCAAUCAUCCAGGCAGCUCCCACUGUGUACUCUGCCCCCUCUGCUCCUUCUGUUGGAUCCAAAAGACCAGACAUCAGAGCACAGAGACAAGCAAGAAUGGAGGAACUAGCAGUACGAGUUGCAGAACAGCAAGCUGCUGUAAAGGCAGCAGGCUUGCUUGAGAAGAAUGAACAUGAAGAUGGCAAUAGUGUCAUUGGACCCAGUAUGCCUGAGACAGAAGUACCAACCACUGAGCCUGCAGAGGGAACUGCUGAAGACAGGAAAAAAGGAAAGGGGGAGAAAGUGAAAAAGUGUAUCCGCACUGCUGCUGGUACCUGCUGGGAGGACCAAAGUUUACUAGAGUGGGACUCAGAUGAUUUCCGUAUAUUCUGUGGUGAUCUUGGUAAUGAGGUGAACGAUGACAUACUGGCCCGAGCGUUCAGCCGCUACCCAUCCUUCCUCAAAGCUAAGGUGGUGAGGGACAAGCGUACAGGGAAGACUAAAGGCUACGGAUUUGUCAGCUUCAAAGACCCCAACGACUACGUCAGAGCCAUGCGAGAGAUGAACGGAAAAUAUGUGGGCAGUCGUCCCAUCAAGCUCAGAAAGAGCAUGUGGAAGGACCGCAACAUUGAAGUGGUUCGCAAGAAACAGAGAGAGAAGAAGAAACUGGGGCUGAGAUAGUGUGUGUACCUGUGACAGAUCUCCUUUUGGACUAUUUUGUAUUCGUGUGAGUUGGCCAUGUGAUAUAAGUUUAGUCUGAAGCAGUAACGGUUGCCUCUUAAAUUGGAUUUUACUAGGCAGGGCAUCUGUUUGACACAAAAGCAACUAUUUACAAAUACAGUUUAUCAAAACUCAUAAUUUCUUACCGGUUUAAUAUUGCCCAUAUUUAUUUUCAAGACCUGAUCCGUUAUUGUAGUAUGAUACUGUUGCUUUAACAAUAUUGUUCAAAAACUGCUUGUUUUUCUAAAAUGUCAUCUUUAUUUUAAGAAAAUUGUUGCCCGAACUGUUUUGUAAAGCUGGUGAGCAUUUCUAGCAUUUGUAAACACUUAAUAAACACAAAAUUAUCUUUUCAGUUAUGACAAGUAAAGAUUACAGGCCCUUUUCCAACCUUGAAUAAACUCACAUUUUGACAGCUGUCUAA